ACGGUAGCAGCACCCCGUCUCCUCCGAGCCCAGGUACGUACCUAUAUAUAUACGUGCGUUACGUUUGGUCACAAAUUCGAUCGACAGGUACGAAGUACUUACAUGUAUGUACAUGGGUAGUAGCUUGCAACACCAAAAGUUGCAUUCUACAAUAUACUAGUCGACCUUUGCAACCUCGAUCCAAAGUUCAAACAACACCCGCUAGUUAAGCUAGCAUUAUCGUAGGUAGCUGCACCUAUCCACCACAGGGCACCUAAAGAAGAGAAACAAAAGUCGUGCUACGGAAAGAUUAAUUACCUUACCUAGGUAGAAGGGGGGAGGAAAAGAAGCAGCACAGCAAGCAAGCAAACAAACAACAGAUGCAAUGGCCAACCUCCCCUCUCAACACCCACACCUCUCCCUGCACCUAACCGACCGUUCCCUCACCCCCCUCAUAACCUCAGCUCCGCGCUCCGGCUCCCCCUCCCGCCUCGAAGCCCUAACCUCGCUCUCCCACGCCGCCCUUGCCGCCCACGAAUCCGCCUCGCGCCUCGGCCUAGGCGCUCCCCUGCGCGUCAUGGUCGAGCACGCCGACUCGGGACCCGUAGUGCUACAAUCCUUCCUACGCGCCGACACCAGUCCCAGCCCAACAUCCACCACCACCACCACCACCAACGACAUCAUCCACACCAACACCAACCCGCCCUCAACAUCCGCAUCCUCCUCCACAGCCGCCGACCCGGACCCCGAACCCACAAACGGCACACCCAACAACAACAACAGCCCCCCCACCAGCCCCCUCGAGCGCCGCCUCCAACAACUCCAAUUCCCCGCCGACGGCGCCCCCGACCACCCCGACCCCGAAGACGCCAACGCCCCGCCCAUGCUAAUCAGCGUCGUCGUAGCCCCCACCGCAGACGAAGCCCGCGACGCGCGCCGCGCAGCAGCUAGGCUCGAGCGCGUGGGCCGCGCGAUACAGGCGCAGUGGGCCGACGUGCAGGUGCAGGUGGCGCAAGACGGGUCGGCGGGGGAUGCCGGGGACUGAGAAGGGAGAAGGAAGAGGAAGAAAGGGAUAAGGGGAAGAAGAGCGGAAAUACCUAUACAAGAAAAUAACGAACGAAGAGGGAGGCAAGGAGAGAAAAAGAGUAUGGCGAUGAUAGAGAAGGUUAUCGACCAGCUCGGCCAGUUAAAAAGUCCAAGCAAGGAAGAGGAAGGAACUACCGUGUUCCCAGCCAGAGAGGUUCGCUAUACCACAGCUUGGAGCAAGCAAGCAGUCCGGAGAGGUACUUUUUUUGGGAACGGAAAGGGGUUGAGAGCGAGUGGAAGUACAGCCAACAACAUGUGGCUAAGAAAUCAGAGCCAGAUCAUCCGCCAUGAGAAAUCUACACGGAUUACGUCGACUAUCUGACUUGCGCGUUGCUUUCUACCGGGUUACAAAGAGGGUCAUCUCUAAAAGCAAUCCAAGAACAUCUACGCAUAAUUAUUCUUAGCCAUCAUGUACCAAGAGUAUCAUUAUAGCUAGAUGUCGUAGAAUACUAUCAUUUACGAACUCAAGUCAAGUCUCGAGAAUGGAUAAUAUUGAGCCUGUCCUUAUUCUAUUCUAACAUAUUACACCGUAGCAAGAAACUCGAAUUUCAUAAAUAGGCCCAAUUUGUAUUUAUCUAUCUACAGAUAGCCUACAGG